GACGCGCCAUUACAUUACAGCACGUUGACGGCGUUGACGUGGGCAAGACGUGGGCGUCUUUUUUUUUUGACAAAUAAAUGACAGUUUGCAUUAUUUUCUGAGUCAAAGUUAUCUGCCGUAGGACCUACUAAUCUAUUCGAGUCAUUCGAGCAAGGAAGAUCGAGAUCAGAGUUCUCUAUAGUGUAUACCGUGAUUGAGAUCAAGAUUGGUUCUUGGAUUGCAAUUGUUGGGUUAGGUAUUCAACUUUGACUUUGUUUUUUGGUUGACGUGGUAAUUGAAAAUUCAACAGCCCAUGAUGAAGAAUGCCUCUAUUUUUAUUGGAAUUUUCGCCAUAACAAGCUUAGUAUUUUGCAAAAAAUCAUCAGAUGAAAAUAAACCCAAUUGGGCCAAGAAGGACAUACGUGACUACAAUGAUGCUGAUUUGGAAAGGUUGUUAGACCAAUGGGAGGAAGAUGAAGAGCCACUUCCUGAUGAUGAGCUGCCAGAACACCUUAGGAAGUCAGAUCCCAUCGACUUUUCAAAGCUAGAUACAUCUGAUCCAGAGCAGCUGCUGAAGAUGACAAAGAAGGGAAAGACACUGAUGAUGUUUGUGUCAGUGGCUGGCGAACCAGAUAGGGAUGAGACAGAGAGGCUGACCACUCUCUGGCAUGGCAGUUUGUUCAACAACCACAUACAAUGUGACAGGUUCAUGGUCGACGACAACCGAGCUAUCUUCAUGUUCAAAGAUGGCUCGCAGGCAUGGGAAGCCAAAGACUUCCUCAUCGAGCAAGAAGGAUGCAAAGAUGUCACAAUAGAUAACAAGGUCUACGAGGGCAAGAAAGCUGCUAAGCCGCGACAAAAAGUGAAGGCGACCGUGGAAAAGGUGGAGCUAUGAUACUCGACUGCCAGCGGCGAGAUUGGGAGGAGCGUGGACUACAUAGCGCGGGACACGAGAUCGCGGACACAACCGUCGGGUUCGAAUCUCACUGUCGAAUCACACGUCGGAACGCGUCGUGCGGUGAAUGCCUCGGAGGGCAAAUGGGACUGAACAUGGUGAAGCUCGAGAAUGCCAACACUGCGCCCCGUCAAAGGCUGUUUGCGGCCCAUGGUCGUAA